AUGAUAGACUCCUAUCUGAAAGCUCUCGCGGCGCCUUUCGAGGCCGACAGGCUCCUCGAAAUUCGCACAUCGGGAAUGAAGCGAAUGCCGGGCUUGGCCGUCAUGUCUGGCAUCGACAAGGAGCUUCGUACCGUCUCGAUGAAGGUCGACAAGCUGGGGCUCGAAGGGGAUGAACAUGAUCUCACUUUUCACGGCGGCCUGGACAAGGCCAUUCUUGGAUAUUGCUCCUCGCAUUACCCAUCCUGGCAGGAAUCUUACCCCGAACGCGUCGACAAAUUCGUCCCAGGAGGCUUUGGGGAAAACUUUGUCACGGCGCACAUGAACGAGCGGAAUGUCUGCAUCGGAGACGUGAUUUCUGUCGGCCCCGAAGUGGUCCUCCAGGUGUCCCUCCCACGGCAGCCGUGUUUCAAACUCAACCAUCGCUUCUCGCUCAAGAACUUUGCCCCCGAGACUUACAAGAGCAGUCGCACCGGAUGGUACUACCGGGUCCUGAAGGAGGGCCAUGUGAGCCCCGGCGAUGAGCUGAGGCUGGUCGAGAGGAGGUGGCCGGAAUGGACGAUCGAGCGUAUCCAGGAAUAUCUGCAUCGCCAGACUGACAAUGACGAGAUGAACGAGAAACUGGCCGCGAUAGAGGCGCUGGGCGCCGAGGCUCGCGGCCAAUUCAAGAGCCGCGUGGCCAAGGCACAAAGACGGAGGCAGCAGAAGAAGGAAGAGGCCUGGGAGACCUACAAGGUCGUCAGCCGAAAGAAAGAGACGCCGCGGGCCCUUACAGUCGUGCUCGAGGCUCCUAUCAAGCCUCAAUUUGAUGGCUUCCCGUGGGCCGCCCACGCAAAGCUCCGGCUUGCGAAUGGACUUGUGAGGAAAUACUCCGUCGUGUCCAGCAAGGGAGACGGCGAGUCCGCCAGAAGGCUGGAGCUUUGCAUUGCCCUCGACGAGAAGAGCAGAGGCGGCUCGCGGUAUAUCCACGAGACUGUCAAAGUGGGCGAUGGCAUUGAGGUGGGCGGCGUGGUGAGCGAUCUCAAUGGGCCGGCAAGCGCCGCAAGCCAUCACGUCUUUAUUGCUGGUGGAAUUGGCCUCACGGCUUUUCUGGAACUCAUGAAGACAUACAACUCCAUCAAUUGGAGCUUUCAACUGCACUAUGCUGUGCGGUCCUCGGAGGAUGUUCCCUAUCGAGAACAGCUGGAGUCGUAUGGGGACAGAAUCCUCAUUUACGACAAGUCGAAGGGCCAAAGGAUGGACAUUGACAACAUCAUGACGACCAUCCCGUGGAACAGCUUCCUGUACGUAUGCGGACCAAACCGUAUGAUGGAAGCCGCCAGAGCCGCCGCCGAAAAGGCCGGCAUUGCCCCCCAAGAAAUCCACUUUGAAGCCUUCUCCGCCGAUACCACCGGCGACCCUUUCGAAGCCCAGGUCGUCAACAGAAACAACAAAGUCGUCAAGGUGGGCGAGGAGGAGAGCCUCGUGGAGGUUCUUCAGCGAGAGUUUGGGGACAUCCCUUCGAGUUGCGAAGUGGGCAACUGCGGCACUUGCAAGGUGGCUCUCAAGAGCGGAGAGGUGAUUCAUCGGGGGUCGGCGCUGAUGCCGGAGGAGAAGGGUUCGGCCAUGUUGACGUGUGUUAGUCGUGGCGUUGGAAGGAUUGCGAUUGAAGUGUAG